AUGGCUGCCAUCAAGUUACGAGAAUUUAUUGAUCGUCGCCCAACCAUCCCACCCAGCAUAUACAUUGCUCAUCAAGGAAAGGACCUUCGAGGCUAUUACCCGGGACAGAUUGCAAGAUUCCAUUUUGAUUAUAGUGCAAAGAGAUCUUCCAGACCUCUCAUAGACUUGACAAUUCCAUCCAAGGGAAAAAGUCACUAUCAGCCUCAAUUGGACCAACAAACUCUCAUUCGAUAUAUUUGUUUUCGAAGACAUUCAAAGCCUGCUGAACCAUGGUAUAAAGAAACCACUUAUCAAAGAGACUAUUCUCUACCAUUUUACAAGAUUGAUUGGAACCAGAAAUUAGGCACGGUAUCAUCAAAUCCUAGACCACUUAAUUCACUGCCAGAGCUCUGCUGCUGUAAGGAAGAGAAAGAUGGCUUUGAAAGAAAUGCUUUUAAACUAAAGUAACCAUGGCAUUCAAACAAAGUAACACCUGGCAUUCUUAGGAGACUCUUUUAGACUAAGACAAUGGUAGCUGCGCUGCUUUUAAGUGUAUAUCCAGAUGGCUACAAUCCUAAAAUAUUUACAGGUUGCAAAUUCUUUUCAGAUUAAGCUGGUCAACCUACCUAAGGGAAUCAAGAUCCAGCUUUAAGAGGCCUUAUCUGUUCUUAGCCCCACUACCAGUCUCGCUGCUGGUGCUGGAAAACCAUCUUUCAACUAAUUCAACAGUUAUAUGUGGGCCAGUUAAAAAUUUAAUUGUAUCUGCUCAAACUAUCAUCCCUGUUAAAAAAAAAAAAAAGACACUGGGGACAUAACUAAGGAGGAAGCCUACCGGCCCCAGAGGCCUUGAAGAGGCUCUGGACACAGAAACUGGAGCGGCUAUACUAAUCUCAGGUAGAAUCGACUAAAAAACAAAAAAUGUCACUAGAAAUAAAGAGGGACACUUUAUAAUAAUAAAAGGGUCAAUUCCUCAGGAAGAUACAAUAAUUAGCAACAUAUACACAACUAACAAGACAGCCCCAAAAUAUAUGAAGCAAAAACUGACAGAAAUGAAGGAGAAAGAGAAAAUUGAAAAACAAUAGAGACAUCAAUACUCACAUUUAAUAAUGGAUAGAACAACUAGGCAGAAAACAAGCAAGUAUAUAGCAGAGUUGAAUAACACAAGCAACCAAAUUAAUCUAGCUGACCUGUAUAGCGUACUCCAUCCAACAGCAGAGUACUUACUCUUCUCAAGUACAUGUGAGACAUUCUUCAGAAUAGGCUAUAAGUCUCAAUAAAUUUGAAAGGUGUGAAAUCAUACAAAGUAUGUUCUCGGACCAUAUGGAAUUAAAUUAGAAAUCAACAAUAGAAGAAAAUGAGGGAAAUCCACAAA